AUGCCCUUUGUCCUCUUUCUUGCCCUGCUUGCGUCCGUCACGGCGGCGCCUACCACGAAAGACCGGCGCGCGAACGAACAACCCAAAGUUCGUUUGGUUGUCACCGGCGAGACCAACGUGGCGAGGACCACGCGUGGCGCGCGAGCUUCAAACCGGGUGGCGCAGAUGGCUCGGGGCGGAAACGUCACUAUGAGCUACAGUUACCCGGCGUCGUACCCCUCGAUAAUGAGCGUCGCCGCCACCGACAGCAGCGACGCGAAGGCGAGCUUCUCGCAGUUCAACGACGAAGUCGACAUCGCAGCGCCAGGCGUCGACGUCGUCUCGACCGUCGGCCCUCCGAGCGACACUGGGGUCGGCCCCCCGGGCUAUGAUUCGUACGAUGGGACCUCCAUGGCCGCGCCGCACGUCUCUGGCCUUGCAAUGGUGCUCUGGAACAAGUGA